AUGCCGCCAGGUCCCGACUCCAUUGUGACUUACAUGAAGUUUCCCUACCUUCUCAGCACCAGAAGGAGGCGCACAAAGGCCCCCAAGUAUGGUAACCUGUCAGAGGUCACUGGUGGGCAGCUGCGAUUCAAGAACCAAGAGAAGUCAAACAAGGAAACAGCCAGCACAGAGAAAAAGCAGAAGUGGGGGCCCACGGUACUGUGCACCUCGCUGAGUGGGCCUGCCACCUCGGGUCCAGCGGGGGCCUGGCUCUGUGGCCACAGUGACACCUAUGCUGGAGGGAUGACCUCUCGGGGCCCUGCCGUGGGGCUGACCUCAGCGCUGCUGCUGCUGCUCUGGCUGCCAGGACCUGUCCCUGGCUUGUGUCUUCCAGGCUGUUUGUCCCUGAGCUGCCCCAAGGUCGUGGAAGGCACCUUCGGGGGCUCCUUGAGUAUUCGGUGUCAGUAUGAGGAGAAAUAUAAAAAUCACAAAAAAUUCUGGUGCCUUCAAUCAUGUUUGCCAAGCAUGGAGAUCGUGAAGACGAAAGCGUCAGGGGAAGAAGUGAGGAGAGGCCGCGUGUCCAUCAGGGACCAUCCUGCAAACCUCAGCUUCACAGUGACCCUGGAGGAGCUCCGCCUGCAGGACGCGGGCACAUACCAGUGUGGGAUCGAUAGAACAUUGAAAUGGGAUGCCACCUUCUUGGUUAAGGUGCGCGUGUCCCCAGCACCGACAAUGAUGACGUCACUGACACGUGCAGAUACCACUGCCGCCAGGACCACGAUCAGCACAACGACAGUGCCGACUGUGGCACCCACUGUGUCAGCUGCAGACAGUGCCAGCAACCAGGAGGGCCCCCACAGGGGCCACGGCAUCGGGCUCCCGCUGCUGCUCUCCCUGUUAGCCCUCCUGCUGCUGCUCUUGGUGGGAACCUCCCUGCUGGCCAGGAGGAUGCUUCAGAGACAGGCCAAAGGUGGACAGCAUCCAGAGCCAGCCCAGCGCACCGGGCAGGCGGCAGAGGCUCACUAUGCGAACUUGCAACUGCAGCCGCGGGGCCCACGGGAAGGGCCAGCUCCCACCAGGCAGCAGGAAGUGGAAUACAGCACCGUGGCCCCCCCAAAGCAAGAAGAGGUACACUACUCCCUGCUGACGUAUGACACACAGCCACAGGAUCGCCCCGCCGGCGGCACCCCUGCCCAGAUGCACGCCAAGGAGGAACCCGUUUAUACCAUGAUUCAGAGGCCCAGGGGCUGCCCCUGAGCUGCUCCCCGCCUCCCACAGCAUGCUCCCCUCGAUGGUGACUGGUGGGCAACUGGGCUCCCCCACGCUGACCCUCCUGUCCCACCAGCUGGGCUGGGACACUGGGAGCAGCAGGAAACCCCCUCCUCCUCCGU